AAUGCCAUUGCCAAAAGCAACACAGCUUCAGCUUGUGAUUUUGGAUUACUUGUAAUAAAAAAAAUGUAAUACAACAGUUUUUUUCGUGAUUUAUAUUAUGUACGAAAUGUUUUUUGCAAAACCAGUGGUGUGAGUUUCAUUAUGACACGGAUAUGGUGGCCGGAGGAAAAAUAAAUACGCACUAACACUACGCUCCAGGACAUCCAAGAGCUUUUCUACGCGGAAGAUGCUGAUGACAGAGGACAAAACAAGGAAAGUUUAAUUUUGAUACGAGGCGUAAUGGUGCUCAAUGACGGAACAAUGAUUUCCGACGACGAAAAAGUAGCUCUCGCCAACAUCUGCCGCGAUUAUGUCCGAGGUUGCUGCAUGCGUGAAAAUUGUCGGUAUACUCACGAAAAGCCUCCAUUGAAUCGUUUAAAGGAAUUGUUUCGGUUUUGUCACGACUACCAAAAUAAAGGAUGUUUCAGACACAAUUGCAAGUUUAUGCAUUUCACUUUAGAAGAGGAAGCACAUUUCUAUUCUACGGGUAAUUUUCCUCAGGAUCCUCGAGAACGUGGAAUAAUUCCAGUAUGCCAAGCUUAUUUACAUGGCUCCUGCUCCAACCCUGAAUGUAACUUGAUCCAUCCUCUUCAUCCCUCCACUAAUGAUCACCAUCCUGAAUUAAAUAUGCCCCUGCCACAUUUCAAUCGUCCACCGCAUAUGCUAAGAGAUGAAGACUCGCCCCCGGAAUGCAAAGUAAGGCGCUACACUUAUGAAGAUGUGGCCAUAGAGAAUCAAAUACCUGUACCAAAUUUAUGCCAAAACUGUGACUCCUUAGACCAUAAAGUUAAACUACUACAUGAUAACAUUAGUGUUUUGCUGAAGAAAGUAGCAGACCUGACAGAGAAAAAUGUUCAAUUGACUUCCAUGAAUGAGUUUUUACUGGAACAGGCAGCAGCAAACAGGGGUGAACAGUCAUGUAUUAUUACAUCCCGCCAUGGAACUUCAGCUCCAGUAUCUUUAGCUACAGUUAGCAUGACACCUGUAGUGAGUCUUUCUGGUGCAUUGCCUGCUUUAGUUCCUGCUGCAGCUACUCCAAAUAUAGCACUGGCACCGGCAGCAUCCAGAGCUCAGUUGUUAACUCCAGCCCCACAAUUGUUGACAGUGAGUACAACACAACAGUUGAUGGGUAAUUCUGGAGCACUUAUCGUGACUAGUGCUGGUGCCCAGCAGUUGAUGCAAGUGAGUGAUUCAGGGACUUUGAUGGGCGGUGGACAGACAGUAGUGGCAGUGACACCAGCACAGUUGACACUGGCACCACCACCACAGCAGCUUAUGGGGAAUGCGUCACAAACAACAGUCCAGCAGCUUGUGCAGCAAACAGCAUUGCCUCAGCAGCUAGCAGCACAGCAACAGCAGUUUACAGCACAGCAGUCAGUGCAACACCUUGCUGCUGCACAACAGAAUGCCCAACACUUAGCCGCGCAACAGUCGGCGCAGCAGCUGGCCGCGGCACAGCAGUCUGCUCAACAACAGUUGGCAGCAGAACAAUCGGCGCAUCUCCUAGCUGCACAGCAGUCGCAGCAGUUAGCCCAGCAAUCUGCUCAGCAGCUGGCCGCACAACAGGUCCCAUCUGCUCAGCAGCUUGUCCACCAAACAUCUACUCAACAGAUUACCAUCUCCAGCACUAGCCAGCCAAUGGCUCUUUCUAAUUCGCAGAACCAACCAUUAACAUUUCCAAUUAUAUCACAGAGUAUAUUGCCCCACUGAUUUAAUCCAUAAGUCUUGGAUGAUGGCCUACUUUGCUAAAGCAAGCAGAGGUAACCCCUAGGGUUGGGUAAAUUUAGCUUAUGUAAUCUUGGGUAAAAAAUUAUUAUUUUUAUUGUGCAGUAUUUCAAAGAUGAAACUUCAUAAUCUACAUUAAAAUCUGUUUUGUAGCUCCAAGUUAUCUACAUAGGCUAAUGCAGACUUGCAGAGGUAAAUAAAUCAGAAUAAAGCUGUACAUGGAUAAUAUACAUAAGAAUGUUAAUCAUGCUAUACAUUUUCUAUAACUAAAUAUGAUAUUAUUGAUAACAUAAUUGUCAUAGGUUUGCAAUAUAAACUUUUCUGCAUUCUAGCGAAUAACAUUGUUAGGACAUUCUUGUUAUGAAAUCACAUAUCCGUUUUUCCUGUUUUAUUAAAUGUAACAAAGACACAAAUAGAUAAAGGGCUUAGUUAUAAAUGCCAGUGUGUAUAAAAUGCUCUUUUUAUCACUCAUUAUAAUGUUGAUGUAUACGAUUGUGUAUAGGAAUCAUUAGCUAGCUAUCACCUGUAAAUUAAUCAUAACAUCAAAGCCUAGUUAAUGUUAUAAAUAUUAGUUAUUUAUUUGUGAGAUUGCUGGUUUUCUAGUUAAAUAUUAUUAUAGUGAUUCUGUCAGACUGUUUCAUCUGGCGUAGUUACAUUGCUGCAUUUUAUUGAGUGUAAUCAUGCCUUUAAGUUUAGUUUUCAUUUUACUGUAUUAUUGAUAAACCAAAACAUGUCCAUGGAUUAGAUGCUACGCUACAAUAUGAAAAUAGCCCCAAAAACUCUAGGUAGUGUGUUGAAAGAAUAUGAAAAAAAGUUUUCUUUACUGUAAAAUAGGGUAAAACCACCAAGGAUCGUCACCCAAAAAUGGGUAUAUUGAAGUUCCAGUAACAGUGUAUUCAACAGAUGGUUUCACCCUGUAUACCAUUUUAAUUAUUUUUAACGAAAUGUCAUGUAAGGGAUAUUAUCAUAUUACUUUACGUGGCUUGGUGAUAUUGAGCUAUGUUAAGCAAUCGGCUGUAAUGAUAGGUAA